AUGGUGGACACUUCCAAGAAGCGGAAGCAAUCCUCAGACACGGCACCAGCUGCAAAACGCCCCCGAUUCCCCCAAAGACCGCACCACAAUAUCCCCACGACGCCGACGAGUACCGCGUAUCCCAAUGGCGAGGUCAACGUCAAGAGCUUCCUCAAAUCGCACGAGAACGAGAUCAAGUCGCUCGAAAAUGCUAUGAAAGCCGCGAAGAAGGGGUUGGCUAGAAGAGCUUUCCAGGACGUGCCGAGAGAGCUGCGGAGAAGGACGGCGAGCCAUAAUCCGCAACGCGUGCCGAAGAGGCUGAGGGCGCGGGCGAAGCAGGAAGCGAAGGAGGAUAAUACACCGAUAUCGAAGGGGAAGAGUGGAAGUGGUGUAGGGAAGGGGAAGAAGAAGUGGUUGAGGAAAGAGGGCAUUGAGAAGAGCAGGCAAGCUUGGGAACGCAGGGCAACGAGGAGGAAAGAGAAGGGUGAUGCCGCCGUCACGGUUGAGCCUACGGAGGGAGUAGAAACAGAGAAGGGGGAGUCAGGAGAUGCCUCGAAACAGCCAACAAAGCCCAAGAAGAAGCGCCCAAAGUUCCCAGCUUUGGCCACGCCGGAGACCCCGCCAUCUCGGUUUCGCAGGCGCCAAAAGAACAAAACGUGGCUACCCACACACCUGUGGUAUACGAAACGUGCGCAUAUGACUCCUCCGAAGGAGCCUCUCUGGCGGUUUGCGAUUCCGCUGGCGCCUGUUGUCAAGGCGUAUCGUCUGACUCACCGAGCUGCAACAACGAGAGGAGCUGUUGCGUGGGAUAUGAGUUAUAUGGCAACUAUAGGCUUAGAGGGUGUAGAAGCUUGCAUCGUGGGGUUGUUAAAGGGACUUCACUUUGCUCAAGACGACGAGGAGGACCUUUGGCAGGACAGAGGGAGAGCGAAGAAGUGGAGGAAUGGCACAAGGGUAUGGGAAAGCUGGAUCUAUGAGAGAGAGGGUAUAUCUCCGAAAAAGAUCGCUGUUGUCACGGUUAUCUGGAACGUUCCGGAGGCCGAGAGUAAGAAGAGGAAGGCUUUCAUCCGGAUCCAUCCGAGCGCGUUCCUACAGCUAUGGAACGAGGUCAUCAGGAUUUCGAAAGUGCAGAAGCCGGCCAUCACCGUGGAGGAUCUCCGCUUUGAGAUUGGGUCGAUCGAGAUCAUGGGACCUGCCGCCGCGGAAACGCUCUGCUCGAUCCUUUCCCCGACUGCCACCACAGAACUACCUUCUGGUGCGCCUCAGGCUGCUUGGCCUACACUAGCUACCGUCACAGAUCCCGGUGUACUACCACCAGGGGCGCUCACAGCCUUUGCAAUCUCUGAUCCUCGCCUUCGGGAUCCGCCGACGACUGCGCGAUUACCGCAGGACGCGGCAUCGCAAGCUGCGCUAACUGAGACACUUGCGAAUUGGCCAAUUGAUGACACUCAAACUCCUCCAGCUAUCUUCUGUCGCGACGCUAGACUUGCUUCGGCGCGGGCUCUUCCUUCGCAGAAAUCGAUCAACCGCCGGAAAUCUGCAAACACGCUUGGCGAGUACCCAGAGCCAAGAUCAACAGACCCUCAGAUACCCAUGCUCACUUAUGUCUCGAGAAAAAGCAAGUCAUGGAUAGUUCUUCUUCCCUGGAAGUGUGUCCUCCCCGUCUGGCGAGCAAUGAUGCGCUAUCCCGUUUCGACUGGAGGCAAUCCUCGGUUUGGGGGAUUGAAGGAGAAACGCCAGGUCGACUUUGAGCGUUCAGUACCUAGCUUUCCUUUCGAUCAUCCUGGUACCGAUGCAGGGUGGGACUGGGAGUUGCAAGAACGCGUCGCGCGAGAGCACGACUGGACAAAGCGGCCCAAAGGGAAGAGAAUCGAGUGGUGUACCAUUGAUCUCGGGAGUGAGAGGAAAGGGGAGAUAGGCAAUCCCUGGGCUUGUGAUUGGGAGAGGCUCCUUCUACAAUCGGACAAAGAGGAAGCGAGAGAGGGUAGAGAAGAGGAGUCGGCCAAAUCGCCCUUCCGCCAAGUCCCUUCGCAGCAUGCGUCAGAAUUGAUUGCGGGAUGUCCUUCUUCUACCGACUAUCUCGCGCUACCGCGCCUCUUUACUGUCAAAAUCAGUAUGACACAGCGCGGUACUCCCACAAACUGCGCUCGCGUAUACCGUCUGCCGACGAACAAUCCAGAGUUGCGCAGUAAAUGGCUCGCUCUACCGCGGGCUUUGCGGUCCACAGCUCCCCCAAAGUCCGCUGGACCGAAAGCCCCGAAUCCCAAGGCGAAGGAUAUGCCCAAGCAUAUUCGACACAAGCAUCUUGCGCAGAGUCUCCUUGAACCUCCGCAACUCGACGACGGCCCUCUGAAUGCAGGCGAUGGAGAUUACCCCGUUGUCCCUGAUGAGGAGGACCUGAUCGGCUUUGUCACCACUGGGAACUACAAUCUGUCUGAAGGGAAGCCCACAGCAAUUGCGAAUUUAGCGCUGCACAGGAGGAGGCCCAGUGCAGUUCAACCACGCAUAUCCCCGGAUACGCACACGACAACCCGCCGCCGCUCAGCAGAAAUGUCUGAGGACCAGCCGGCGGACGGGCACGGCGGAGGCGGCGAGUCGGCUUUCACGCUGGGCCCAGAGGUGUUGGCAGACCUGACCAAAGACAUCCUCGAAGACUGCAUACACAACAUAGUAUACAGCACCGCGCUGUCAUGUCACCGCUCCGAGAAGCUCCUCCGCAUGCAGUCUGCGGCGACGCAGGCCGAAUCCCUCGCCCUCGCCACCAUCGAGCCGCAGUCGCAGAAGAACGCGAGUAGCCAGCCAUCCGUCCCGACCGCCGAGACCUCCGCCGCGAAGUACGAGAACGGGCGCGUGUUCCUGAAGGGCAACCCGCUCAAGACGACGCCGGAAAUCAUAUGCCCGCACUGCAAGCUGCCGCGCCUGAUGCACCCCAUCAUGGGCAAGGGCAUGCAGAACCCUGACCUCACCAAAGAGUACUGCAUGCUGUAUCCGUGGGUGCAGAGGCAGGGCCACGAUGUAUACGGCAACCCGUUCCCGACCGAUAUGGCUAAGAGCAAGAAGGAGCGGGAGCUGAUAAAACAGCAGCAGAAGAAUGCGGAGAAGGAGAGCGUGGGGACGCCAGGGUCGCAAGACACAGAUAUGGCGGGCGGAGAUACACAGGGCAAGGAGAUAAAGCUCAACACGGGUGGCAAACCGGCGUCAUACAUACCGUGGCACACAUGUCCGAACUGCAAGCGCAGUCUGCUCAUCACAAGAUUUGCACAGCAUCUAGAGAAGUGUCUCGGUAUCAGCGGGCGACAGAGCUCGCGGAACGCCAUGGCGAAGCUCGCAGGGCAGAACGGCAAUGGAAGCAGCACCGGCAUGGGCAACACACCGCUAGGGAGCCGGAUGGGCACACCAGCGCCUGGCUCGCAGAGCGAUGCGGCAGUCGCCAAGAUAAAAGGCAAGGGCGUCAGCCCGAUCAAGAAGGCCGCCGACGAUGACGAUGAAGGUGAAAACGACACGCCCGAGAGGAAGAAAAAGAAGAAGAGCUCAUACAUCAAGAAAGCGGACCGGGAAAAGAUGGCGAAAGACGGCAGUAGCGGCACGCUCAAAGUCAAGCUGAAGACGAAACCGGACCUGGAGCGGAGAACAAGCGAGGGGGUGGAGAAGACCGAGGGCAAGAGGGAUAGAGAGGGCGAUUCGAUUGAUCCGGAUGGAGCGCCAAAGGCGAAGAAGAUAAAGCUGAAUCUGGGGAAGGCGGGUAGUCUGCCAGUACCCGCUUCGCAGGAUUCGCAAUAG